AUGGCACUGAUCCCCGUACACAUCAAGCACGCAGGAAAGACGUACGACCUCAACCUCGACCCCGAUCUCCCACCAAAUGUCUUCAAAGAUGCCGUAUACAACGCUACAGGCGUUCCUUUAGAUCGUAUGAAGGUCAUGGUUAAGGGUGGCACACUCAAGGAGGACUCUUCUUGGAAAAAGAUCGCGCCCAAAGCUGGACAAACGUUCAUGGUUAUCGGCGCUGCUGGAGACCUGCCAAAACCACCUGCAAAACCUAUUGUUUUUCUCGAAGACAUGGACGACUCAGAAUUAGCAGAAGCAUUGGCAAAACCCGUCGGCUUACGCAAUCUUGGGAAUACAUGCUACAUGAAUGCGACUGUGCAGGCCCUUCGCGCCAUCCCUGAGCUUCAAGUCGCUCUCACCGCUCCCGCCCUACACUCAACUACACCUUUACCCGCCUCCCUGCGCGAUUUGUACCACAACAUGUCGCGUACAACGGACAGCAUCACGCCCAUAGGAUUCUUACAAGUUCUCAGACAGGUCAACCCCCAAUUCGCUGAAGUUGACCGUAGCGGGAAAGGAGGGAUGAUGGGUGAUGCGGAAGAAUGUUAUCAAGCCAUAAUCAACACUCUCCGUAACGUCCCAGGGCUCGAUGCAUCUGGCAGCAGCGUCGCUGCACAUGAACGCAAACUGGUGGACCAGUAUUUGAUGGGCGAGAUGCGUCGCGAGCUGACGUGCGACGAGGCCCCAGAGGAACCGGCGUCAGUGAGCACCGAACAGGUGUUGAAAAUUGAAUGUAAUAUUAUCAAUACGACCAACUUUAUGCUCACGGGAAUUCUGAAUUCCCUUGACACCAAAGUCGAAAAAAACUCACCGACAUUGGGUAGACAAGCGAUAUACAGUCAAAAAUCACGAUUGACGCGCUUGCCUGGCUAUCUUACUGUACACAUGGUGCGGUUCGCAUGGAGAGCUGACAUUGGAAAGAAGGCGAAGAUCAUGCGUAAAGUGAAAUUUCCACUCGAGUUUGACGCGCUCGACCUAGCUACGGACGAGCUUAAAGCAAAAUUGCUUCCUGUCAGCCGGAAACUCAAGGAAGUGGAAAAGGAGAGGAUGGAGAGGAGGAAGGUCCGGAAGAGGACUAAAACUGUUCCCUCUUCUUCGUCCGCUUCUACUUCAGCUGAUGCGGCUGUUGUUGCGGCUGGUAAUGCUGCGACGGGCGACGUGGAGAUGGCUGACGCUGCUGCUGCUCCUGCAUCGACUGAAGUGAAGGGUGGUGAUUUGGAGGCGGAGGGCGUGUAUCGGGAGAAGGAAGCCAAGGAGCUGGCGGAGCUCGUAGAUCCGUCUGUUAAAUCUGAUGUGGGGUGCAGUGCGACUGGGUUGUAUGACCUUGUUGCCAUCGUAACACACAAAGGCGCAGCCGCCGACGCAGGGCAUUACAUCGGCUUUGUGAAGAAGAGCGUUGGCGAUGGCAACGGGAAUCCCGUGUCCUCGCUCGAGCUGGGCGAGGACGACGAGGAUUGGUACAAGUUUGAUGAUGAGAAGGUGUCGAUUUUCCCGAAGGAGAAGUUGGCGACGCUGGAUGGGGGUGGGGAGGAUUCGUCUGCUUAUGUGUUGCUUUAUAGGAGUAAAUCGUUGGAUUGAUAGAUGUUUGGGUCUUUUGUGAGGUUGCUGUGUGUAGGAUUGGAGGAUAUGGUUUUGGAAGGC